UGCAAUUUGGACACCGCCCGUUUCCGGUAUCUGAUCGGCCAGAAGCUCGGCAUCCACGCCGGAAGCUGCCAGGGGUGGGUGCUGGGCGAGCACGGGGACUCGUGCGUCCCGGUGUGGAGUAGCGUCAGCGUCGCGGGCGUCCCGCUGAGGGACCUGAACGCGCAGCUAGGGACCGACCAGGACCCCGAGCGCUGGAAAGAUAUCCACAAGGAGGUGGUCUCCAGCGCCUAUGAGAUCAUCAGAAUGAAAGGCUACACCUCCUGGGCCAUCGGCCUUUCCGUGGCUGACCUGGCGGAAAGUCUUCUGCGGGACCUUCGGAGAGUGCAUCCGGUGUCCACCAUAGUGAAGGGUCUCUACGGCAUCCGCGAGGAGGUGGCCCUCAGUGUCCCCUGUGUCCUGGGCGCGGACGGGAUCACAGGCCUGGUCCAGGUGAAGCUGACCCCCGAGGAGGAGGCCCGCCUGAAGAAGAGCGCGGAG